AUGCAGACAGACCAAAAACCCCCGGUAGUAGGGAAUGACCGAAGUCAGAAGGGAAGACUCAAGCAACCGUAUAGUCCCACAGAGGAUAUGACCAGCGACUCGACUUACUAUCGCGAUCUUUUAUACGAUGUCUUUGAAACAAUACGGUCCGCAAGCCAGGAAAAUCAAAAAGGGCUGCUUCAGAUGAUCCGCAACUACUCGACGGUACAGAAUAUUCGCGGAUAUCUACACAAGAUUCUACCCGAUACACACGCACAGAGGGACGAAGAAGAAUUCCGGAGAUCCAAAAAGGCGCGACACAACACCGGAGUGGAUGCCCCCCGGCUGCGACCUCAGAUCAUGGAUAUUCGGUUUCUGUGUGGGAGCGCUCCUUACAAAGUCCCAGCCAAGCCGUGGACAAAUGUGACCGACGAUGAUGAUUUGGUGUCGCACUUGAUCUCCUUGUAUAUGACUUGGGACUAUCCGUUCUACGCAUUCAUUGACCGCAAGACCUUUCUUGCGCAUAUGAGGAAUGGAAGCCUGUAUUCGGACUUUUGCACUCCAUUCCUGGUCAAUGCCAUGCUUGCAAAUGCGUGUGACUACUCGCAAAACAACGAAGCUUACACGGUCCCGGGAGACGUCAAAACAAAAGGAGCUGAGUUCCUGGCCGAAGCAGAGGGCUAUAUGAGGUUAUACGCAUUUGAUAGGGGAAGUGGUACCCGUUUAGCCACUUUGCAGGCAACUUUAUUGUUGUACUCCAAUUUGGGUAAUAAUGACUUCGGCUAUGCCAUGCUUCAUCAAGCAACCGAAAUGGCAGAAGAGAUGGGAAUCAUCAACCGGAAGAAAUUGAAUCUGAACAAAUCGCAAAUGUCCGAAGAGAUGAUCAGAUCACUCAAACGCACUGCCUGGGGACUUUUCCAAAUUGAUACCAUUGUACACACAAACUUCCUCAGGCCGAGUCGCGUGAAUGAAGUCAGCGUGGAUCGAAUUGCAGCCGUCAAAGAAGACGAAGAGACGUGGAUACCCUAUCCUCUCCCAGGUCACACACGACCAUCUCAUAUGAGCAUCUAUUUUGAUCGAGCCUGCGAUCUGUCUUACAUUGCUCGAGAUAUGUCUCGAAUAAUACCAACAGAGCAGAGAAAGACAAGUGAAGCGAACAUGUCCAAGCAAGAGAACUACAACCGGCUCUGCGAGUGGCAAUCAUCACUCCCUGAGAUCUUCAGCUCAUCAGGAAACCCAGUGCCUCAUAUCCUUCUUCUCGGAAUGCGUUAUCAUGCACUUAUGAUCAACCUAUGCUGCGACAACUUCGGUUAUUAUACAUCAUUCAGCAAUCCAAAAAAACGAACACCUUUGUUUUUCAGCGCAGAAAGCGGACAAAGUGCCAACGAGAUAGCAAUUUCCUCGGCAAGGGAAAUAUCCGCCAUUUCACAAGUCAUGCAAUCGCAAUACGGAAUUCAAUACGGCCAUCAGUUCACCAUGUACGCGAUUAGUGUUGCACUCUACGUUUUACUCGAGCAACCCUCCUUCGACGUUCUGGACAACGACUUCUUGUACCUGACAAAGGCCUUCUCCACCAUCGCGAAACGUUCUCCGGUGGGAGGCAGCCUUUUCCAUUUCUUUAAAUUGUCCGUCCAGGCUCGAAACUCUCAACAGCAUGGUGUGAGCCCAGAUAAGCUUGAAGACAUUCCAGAAGAAGUCAAGGAAAUAUUUAUAGAUGAACCUCAUUCUCAAGCAGCAGAACCGUGGAAUCAAGCAUCAAAGUCCACAGAUGGGCCAGUCUACCCGGACAGCAAUCUAAGCGAAUUUCCACUACUAGGACUGAAGGGAAUGAUCAGUGAGUAUGAGAAGCUCAGCGUGGGCAAGGAAGAGCGACCGCAUGGUCAUACCAGGGGUGGUGAUUUUUGA